AUGGCUUCAAUACAAGAGCAUCCAAUGGAUUCUACACCUGUCUUUUACGACGAAAAGCGAGCGGUGCCUGGGCCGAGGACGCUUGAAUCACUCCAGCUGGUUCUUGUGGCGAGGAAGGACACUGAUGGAGGAGAUCGAUAUGCGCGAGUAGUUUUUCCGAGGACGUACAAGAGCGCCCAGGAAUCGGCGAGCAGAGUGUUCAAGCGGUACAACGCCAAAGCUGGUGAUCCGGACAAUGUAGUUUUGCGACUCCCCUCGAAGAAUCGGACUGGGCAGUGGAUUUGGGCGGAUGUUGAUCCUGAGGAUUGGAUGAGGUCUGUGCUGGGCGCCGUGGAAGUGGGAGUCUUCAUCGUUCCCCAGGAUAUCGAGCCGCCGUUCCUGCGCGGAUACUUGUGGCUGGUACCGGGUAAGCCAGUUGGGAAUAGGAAUAUAGUCGCGUGGAGUGGACGUCGGUACUGCAUUGGGCGUCCGUCGACGUAUCAGGAAGCAUUGGCGCAUUUGAACGACCUGUUGUCAUGCAAGGAUAUGAGCACGUCGUUGGUCGAAGAUCUUGCCCACUCAAGCUCAUUUGCGAGGAAAACUGGCGCAAAGCGUGCUAGAAGGACCAUGUUUGUCUAUUUCCCCGAACAGGUAGGAGAAGAGACGAGCGAGCGCGUGGGUAACCGUACAGUGUGGAGCAGUGGACAGUCUGGUAUUCUCGGUGCGUGGGUGGAGAUACCAAAAGCCGCAGAAACCGACGUCGAAGUUUGGAGGAAGUACUUGCCUCAACCGAGAUUUACUCUUGGAGUCAUAAUUGCUGAUCGAUGA